CUUCAGUAUUUGAUACAAUUUCAAAAUAUUUACCAACAGUUUUAUCAAUCAGUGCAAUGAAUAUACGAUAGGAGCUUGUUUCUCUCAAUCUCAAUUUAUUUUAAUUUUUAAGUAUUCGAUACUCAACUAAUUAUCAUGUCUCAAGACCAAUAUUUGUGUCGAAUUUGUUCUUUUUCGACCAAACCUGUUUUCUCCCUAAAUGAGGUUAUCAGUGGGUGUUCUCUAAUUGAUAUGCUGCGACAGUGUGUUAAUAUAGAGAUCGAUGAAAAUGAUGGCCUGCCAUAUCAAUGCUGCACAGACUGUAAGUCGGAUCUUAUAGUGGCAUAUAAAAUGGUUACCCGAUGUUAUGAAUCUAACACAAAACUACGAGAACAGCUGAUGCAAAUAAGCUGCGAAGCUGGUAGCUCCGCAUUGGAAGUGUUUUUGAAACCGUAUAUUGGAGAGAAUGAAAUAAAAACCGAAGUUGCCGAUGAUGAGAUGAUUGGUGAUGAAUGUAUUUAUGCAGAACCGCUGGUUGAUUUUCAACCAAGUACAGAUGCAGUAAAGGAAGAGAGUUCGACGAACAACAAUGAACAUCCACUAGACAUUAUCCCUGAUAAAGAGGAUCGUGAUGAAGCAAGUACAGAAAAAGUAAAACCGAAACGUAAAAAAGUAAAAAUUGAACCCUCUAUACCGAAGCGUUGCUGUCGUUGUAAACAAAAACUGAAUUCCGUAGAAGAAAUGCAACAGCAUUCAAAAAACGUGCAUCUUAGCAUGAAAAUUUUCGAACCCGCUAAAAUCAAUGCAAGGCCCCAUGAAUGUAACGUAUGUUAUAAACGAUAUACUACAAAGAAAGCAUUAAGCCUACAUAAGCAACAACUUUAUAUUGAAAACCAAUACAAAUGUGACCAAUGUGUGGAGGAGUUUAGAUCUGAAAGUUCUCUAAAUGCCCACAAAGAAUCGCAUGUAUUGGAUGUGGUACAGCCAUACAGCAACCGAAAAGGACAGCAACCUCGGUGUUGUGCUUGUUACGAACAGUUCAAUACUGAUGAACAACUAAAGCAACAUGCUAGGGACGUACAUCUACCGGAAAGUACAACUGCUACCGAAGAUACCAACAAUCUAUAUAAAUGCGAUUUAUGCCAUCGUCGAUACAAAAACUUGCGGAUUUUACGAGAACACCAGUUGAAACCGUAUCGUACGCAGCAAUAUCAAUGCUCCACGUGUGGACGGAUAUUUCGCGAUAAAAAUGCAAUAGCGGACCACGAACGGUCCCAUCAAGAUGAACGGGCUUAUGUUUGUCCAAUAUGCGCAAAAUCAUUCGUUAUGAAGGACUCCUACAGAAAACACGUCCGUGCGCACUCGCUUGCCGACGAUCGGUUCAAAUGCGACAUAUGCAACAAAGGAUUUAAGACGAAAGCCAAUCUAAAAGGCCAUUACAUUACGCACAACCCUCACAUACGUCCUUUACAAUGCAAUUUGUGCCCGGCCACAUUCGCUAGGAAAGUUUGUCUGCAAGCACACAUCAUGUUACAUACUGGCGAAAAACCAUAUAAAUGUGACCAGUGCGACGCGGCGUACACAUUUUCGACAGACCUUAAGCGUCAUAUCAUGGCUCAUCAAGGUCUGAAACCACAUGUCUGUACUAUUUGUGGUCGAGGUUAUCCACGUAAAGACUAUUUACGAAAGCACAUGGCAAACCAUAGUAUGCAACAGGGGGGAUGAAUUAAAACAACAAUAAGCGAUUUAAGCUCGAUUAGGCUAAGGUCAAAUAACUUUCUCUGUGAGUCUGUGGCAACUUUUAGAGGGAAUCGAUUUUAAAGCUACUUAUAAAAAACUGGAAAAAAGGUUUUAAUUUAAGCAGAAAAAAGUGAAAUUUAUAUUUAACUUCCUAUACAUAAGUUAGUUUAGGUUUUGUAAACUGAAAAAUUGGCAUAGCCAAAAAUGGAUACGAUGCAAUUUCUAAAAAUAAAAAUAAUUUUUUUUUUCACGAAAUUUUGAAGUAGUGCACAACACAUUAACCUAUGUACAAGCAAAAUAGUCGUUUUCAACCAGAAACAUCGAUCUAUUGUGGAUGUCGCUCGAGUGUUUGCUGUAUUCCGCGCUUCAUAUUAUUAGCAGUAUCGUUCUAGGGAAUAAGUGAUAUCCUUUAUCCGUGCUUGUGUGUAUGCUAUGUUAGUAUGCCCUUCCUAUUAAAGUCUAUUGCUCUACUAUACCGAUACGCAUUCCACCUACUAAUAACAGAGGAGUGGAGAAUUGUACAAUCCUCUAAGGAGUGAUUUAACUGGUUUAUUAUCAUCAUUUUAAGACAAGUUGUGACAAGGACAACACUCAUCGGUGUGAGAAUCGACGUCGCAUGUUCUUUAGAACGAAUGAUUUUUUAAGCAACAUUUUAUUCAUGUCGCUUUCAAUUGCUACGUCGUUUAAGUAUACUCUUUUGUAAGUGAAAUGAAAUCCAGUAAAAUGAUAUUGCUUAUAACGUACGUACAAAAAGCUGUUCCUUUCUAUUAGCUCAUUGAUUUCCAGCCUCUUACCGCCAUCGUCGUUCUAAUCUAUUGCUAUCACCCGCUGUAUCAUUUAAUUGA